AUGGGAAACGCCAACUCCACCCCUGCCAAGGCAGGCGAAGCCUCUACGGGCAGUUCCACCGAUGCAUCUUUCGACCCUGCCAUCAAGCGAUACCACAGCACUCAAAUUGGGCAGGGACAACCCCCUCAUCCCUCCAUCGCAACGCCCGGCGCUGCCGCACGCCACGUCGCAGACCGCCCGAGCUCGGGAUCCUCACGUCUGGGCAGAUCGGGCUCCUUUUUCGGCCGUGCCAGCAGUCACGAUGGUGCAUCAACGCCACAGCGCGGCCGCAGCCGUAGUGGCAGUCUCACAGGCUUUCUCGCCGGACAACGAAGAGGAUCUGCAACCGCUGCCAUGAUCGCGCCAGAUGCGCCGGCUGCUGCUGCUGCUGCUGCUGCUGCUGCCGCCGCCGCGGGCUCAUCCGCUCGCUCACCAUCCGCCUCCUCGCCGCUCGCCAGGGACCAACCCAACCACUUUGCCGCCUAUCAGAUCUCCAACCCAUCCGAUGGCUCGAGCAUCGAGACCGCCAUUCGUUCCAAUCCACGCACCCGCCGUCUUACCGAGGGUCUCAACCUUCCACCCUCCCCCGGAGGCUUUGAUCCGCACAACUUCGUAUCGCCCUACCCAAGCCCUUCCGUCGCCACCCACGCCCACUAUGCCGCUGGCUUGCCCAGCCAUCAUGCUUCCGUCGGUGUCUCGAGCGGCUUGCGCGUAUCAUCAACAGGCAGCGAGGUCUGUGCCGUUCCCGCCAUGAUUUCCAAGGGCUCGGAACCGCAACAGGUUCCCGGAACCACAGCACGAGCGCCCACCCGCCAUCCGCUCUUUGGCUUGGGUGGCACCAGCCUUUUCCCCAACGUCGGCACCAGCCUAGGCACCAAUCCCGCAACAUCUCCGCCCAUCGGAGGCUCGAGCCCCGUUUUGUCGUCCCAGCCCUUGAAUCUCGCCGAUGCAGGCGACGAUGGCGAGCCUACAGGACGACCUCCUGCGGCACUCCCCUCUUAUCUCAAGAUUCCAACCGCCAUCCCCAGCUCGCACGUCUCGCCCAACUCUCCUCCGGCCAGCAUCUAUUCACAGCACUCCGACCACGUACACUCGUCAUCGGUCCGCCAUCGCCAGCGCUCGCAGUCUCCAUCUUUACAGGUACCCGUGGACGACACCUUGCCUUCCCAUGUCGUCGGUGGAGCAGCUACAGCAGCAGCUGUGCUCAACACUGAGGACGUCGUCAUCCCUCCCGGAAUCGCUAGCAAGGCAAGCUCGCCCAUUGAAGGACGCGGCGCUUUCUUUGGCCAGCGCAACGACAUCACCAGCAAGGACGAGCAUGUGUCAUCCGAGAUCAGCGUCGAAGAAGCACGUGCGGCAGGCAUCGAUGUGACCGACUUGCCCAGCAGCCCAUUACAGCGUGAUGACGAAUCCGCAGUCGCAGAUGCGGAUGCAGAGUCUAGCUCAGCAGCAGCCGGCGACGACAAUGAGCGACAACCACGAGCGCUUCAACGAUCCGCGGACACAUCUCACACCUCUGCCGACGGUACAUCUCGCACUCCCACACCCAAACCUCAUGGUCACGGACCGAGAACCCUUACGCCCACCGGAAACAGAACGGCCGGCGGCCUCCGCUCCCUCUCGCCAGCAUCUGGCCCGUCGACCUCCAUCGGCCCGCCUUCUCAACCAAUCUCCACCAAGCGCUCGCAUGUCGAUGUGCAGACCGGUGGCGAAAGCGGGUACAACACGCCGCUCCUGCCACCAGGCUUAACGUCGGCUCCCCCCAGUGCCUCGGUUCCGGGCGUCACGCCUCUGACCCAGACCACAGCAGCCUCUCCCUCCCAGAAGCGAGAAAAUGUCGUUGCCACUGACGGCCCGCGCACACCCACCGUCGCCGGUUUCACCAGCGCUUCGAGCCAGCCUUCGACUCCCAUCAGCGCCAAGACACCCGGCGGCCACACAAAUGACCAACACGCACACGCUUCGCACGCUUCUGCGGCGCAGCACCAGACGCCGCUGAUGCCGAUCGUGUUGACGUGGCGAGCGGGCGGGCGCGAGGUGUUUGUGACGGGCACGUUCGCCAACGAGUGGCGAUCCAAGAUUCUCCUGCACAAGUCGAAGCGCGACCACACAUGCGUGCUGCAUCUUCCCCCGGGCACGCACCGUCUCAAAUUCAUCGUGGACGACCGCUGGCGUGUCUCUCGCGACCUGCCGACUGCCACGGACGGCGAUGGUAAUCUGGUCAACUAUGUCGAGAUUCCGAACGUCGGUCCUGCGCAUCCGGGUCCGCUGAGUGCUCCCGGCGAGGACCUGCCCGGAGCCGAAGAGGGCAACCGAAGCGAACGCAACUCCAAGAUUGAUUCCAAGAAGACGACGAUGAACCUGGUCGAGGAGGCGAGGCGCGCGGAAGCGAUGCGCUUGGACGACCUCUUUGAAGACGAAUCAAAGCAGCAGGAAGAGACGUGGACGUCGGAAAUCCCGACGGCGCUGAUCGAGGCUCAGGAGGCAGAGGAAGCGCAGCGCGAGGCAGAGGAGAGUGGCCAGGCAGCCAAGGGCCAACGAGACGGUGGAGCGGCUCAGUUGCCUCAGCCACCAGCCUUGCCUCGGCAGCUAGAAAAGGUUAUCCUGAACUCGUCGCCUGCGAAUCCGAGCAACGGAAGUUCCACCACGGGAAGCACGGUAGACGACAACUCCAUCUUGCCAGCGCCGAACCAUGUGGUGCUCAACCAUCUCACGGCCAGCAGCAUCAAGGGCGGAGUGCUCGCGGUAGGCACCACGACCAGGUACAAGAGAAAGUACGUCACGACAGUCUACUAUAGGCCUGUCCAGAUCUAG